AUGAACAAUAGACCACUUGUAUAUCUGGGAGAAGAACUCGAAGGGCGUGCAGUAACUCCAAACAUCCUGCUUAGAGGGGAACCAGUAACAUAUCUGGAGGAAAACGUCGAAGAGUUGGAAGAAGAAGCAGACGUAACGCGGCGACUGAAGUAUUUAAAGCGUUGUCGAGAGCAGCUACGAAGACGCUGGAUCAACGAGUAUUUACGUGCACUUGACGAGAAGCAGAAAGGAACCGCAAAUCGAGGUGCAACACUGUUGGAAACCGGGCGAGUUGUCUUGAUAAAGGAUUCACUGAAGAGAAGUGCAAAAUGGAGAAUUGGACGGAUCGAAGGAACGGUCAUAGGAAAGGAUGGAGUCGUGAGGGGCUACAAAGUACGAACUGGGAAUGGGUAUCUUGUGGAAAGGCCAGCGCAACUGGUGGCUGAUCUAGAAAUUGGUGGUGACAGUACAGCGACGACAACGAAAAAAAAACGUGACACACGAAAGCUGAACCCAGAGGUGAAGGAAUUCCAACCAAGAAGAUCAGAACGAAAGGCGAAGGAAACCGCUCGAAAUAGAGUAGUUGGAAUUGCGUUGAACGAACUAGAUGAGGACUAG